AUAGCCGCGGUUCCCGCCCUGUCAUAGCCGCGGUUCCCGCCCUGUCAUGUACACCCGUCUCCUGUGAUAGUCGCGGUUCCCGCCCAGUCUCCUCCUCUGAUCCCGGGUGAGGUGACGCCGGGGCCUGUGUAACAUCACUCAAGAUGACGGCCUCCAAGUGUACGCGUCUGAGCGGAGAUCUCCGCCGGUUCCUGGCCUCAGUGGACACGGUUCUCUUUGACUGUGACGGGGUGUUGUGGCGGGGGGAUGAGGUGGUGCCGGGAGCUCCGGAGCUGGUCACGGGUCUCCGCCGGAGCGGGAAGCGGGUCUUCUACCUUACCAAUAACAGCACCAAGACCCGGGACAUGUACGCCGACAAGCUGGGGCGGCUGGGCUUAGGAGCGGAGCCCGGGGAGGUGUUCGGCACCGCGUACUGCACGGCCCGGUACCUGCGGGACGUGGCUCAGCUGCGGGGUAAAGUCUAUCUGAUCGGGGGCACGGCUCUGAGCCGGGAGCUGGAGGCCGUGGGGAUCCCGCACGUGGGUAGCGGCCCGGAGCCGGUGAGCGGCGGCAUGAAGGACUGGGCGGCCCUGGAGAAGGACCCGGACGUGCGGGCAGUGGUGGUUGGGUUUGACGAGCACUUCAGCUACAUGAAGCUGACGCGGGCGCUCCGGUAUCUGCAGGACCCGGACUGUCUGUUCAUCGCCACCAACACAGACACCCGGCUGCCCCUGGAGGGAGGCCGAGCCAUCCCCGGAACCGGCUGUUUGGUGCGAGCGGUGGAAACGGCAGCUCAUCGCAAAGCCCAGGUCAUUGGGAAGCCCAACUCCUUCCUCUACGACUGUGUGGUCAAGGAAUGCGGCUUGGAUCCCAAAAGGACUGUGAUGGUGGGAGAUCGCCUGGACACAGACAUUCAGAUGGGUUCUACUUGUGGGAUCCGUACGCUCCUGACCCUUACCGGGUUCUCUAGUCUGGAAGAUGCAAAGUCCCACCAAGAAAACGGCACCCUCUCCAUGGUCCCGGACUUCUAUGUGGACUCUGUUGCUGACCUGCUACCGGCACUGUCUUCUGCUGAUUAAUGACCCAUCCUGGGGUUCCCUCACAUAACCUGAAUAGCUUUAACAUAUGCAGGUGUUAAUUUAAUUGUUACAUGUUUAUAAUAAAAGUUAUGUACCGCCCCCAUGUUCCAGGGGCGAUAGGUUUGGGGAAGAAUUAACUUUUAUUGAGAAAUUAACCCUCUAAUUUAUUUUAUAAAAAGAAUGUUAUUUUACAAAAAAAUGCUCUGUAUAGUCUUAAAUGAUUAUUCUUUGAGGUUUGGUUUCUUUAUGACAAUAAGCCGUAUCCAGAUGGGAAGACCACACAAAUAUAGGGAAUGUGGUUCCAUCAAAAGACAUAGGGAUCAAAACCUAAAGUAAAACCCUUUAAAUCAAUUGUCUCAAAACUGUGUUUCUACAACUUUUGCAAAACUACAACUCGCAGUAUCCCCGGACAGCCAACAGUCACAUUGUUCUGGCACUAUGGGGGCUUUGUAAACACUCGCGGCCUUCAAUUCCGGACAAAUUUUCUCUCUAAAAGCCCAAUGGCGCUCCUUCUCUUCUGAGCAUUGUAGUUCGCCUGCAGAGCACUUUACAUCCACAUAUGGGGUAUGUUCUUACACAGAAGAAAUGGGGUUGCAAAUUUUGGGGGGGCUUUUUUUCCCUAUUUUACCAUGUGAAAAUGAAAAAUUUAGGGUAACCCCAGCAUUUUUGUUAAAUUUUUUUUUUACCCUAUCACCCAUGACAGCACCCCUGGAGAGGACCUCCCACCGUGGGACAGGAAACCUGGAUAAAUUUGGACCUCCUCUCCACCCUCAGUUCAGGUUUCCUGUCCUACGGAUAGGAGGCCUGGAAGAAUUUCUGACCUCUUUCUCCGGAUCCUGAGCUGCGGGGCCCCCAUUGCCUCUGGUGGAGAGGGGUUUCCUGGCCGGCGUAAAUCCCCCAUGGGGGCCGCUCGGCAUGACUGAGGUUCGGCGGUGUUUUCUUCGGGAGGCGCCGUGGAGUCGUCAGGUCGGGUGGCCAGCUCUCCCAUCUCUGGGCAUCCUCCCCGCGUGUUAGCGCGCGCAUGCGAAAGGGAGACGGCACGCAAUGAUGACGGGGGACGCGCAGUUGGCAUGCGCGCAAAAAACGACGCAAAUUCUGGUCCUGGACGUCUGUUGCAUCUCCUGCGUCUGGAGAUCACACCGACUGCAGCAGCCAGCUCCUGCACCUGUGCGGUAUCCUAUACUGCAGUGUUCCUGAAUUGGUGCCUGAAUUCCGGUUCUUGCCAGACCGAAGACCUCCUCCAGCAUGCCUGAUCCUGGGAAAGAAGGUGGACUCGCUAAAUCCAAGAGCUCCAGCCCGGUACUACAGCUUCCUUGGGUGAGACUUUUCCAUGUUUUUUUUCCUCUUAAUGGCUAAUUGGGGUUAUCAUGUGCUUUAUUGUUGGUAGAUAAAAGCUCUACUGAGGCCCCUAGCAAAGCGUCAUCUAAAGCUCAUUAUAAGGAAUGUGCGCAGUGCAGAAACUCUCUAGAUUCCUCUUAUAGGGUGCGGUCACACGCUUUUUGCGGGUUUUCCGUUGCGU